AUGCUCUCGACGCCCCCCGCCUCCCCCGGCGCCCUGGCGGGCCGCGAGACGGGCAGCAGGAACCCUGCUGCGCUGAGCGGCAGCGCCAUCGGCCACAUCGAGCACUACUGCCACUCGACCGACUUCGUGGCUUUGUGGGGUGUCCUGCACUUCAAGGCCGCGAGCGCGGCGGACCCCAGCGCGCCCGUGUUCGCGGGCCGCGCCUUCAGCCGCACCGCGGCGAGGGGGCAGGAGGGGCACCUGCUGUGCCAGCACUACCUGAACGCCAUGUUCCCGCUCGAGAGGGACGGCAAGACGGGGCAGCUCGUCGGGUGUGCUGAGACGAAUGCUUUUAUGGAGGGCGAGGUCACCGUCGGGGCCAGGGGGGAGGGCGGCGAUAACACCGAUGACGACUCGGAGCAGCCGCCUGGGUCCCCGGGCAUGCUUGGCCGCGGAGGGGCGGUGACGAUGACGCGCAAGGUUAAGGAGCUGAGCCGGCUGUGGCAGUACCGCAACGGGAGGAGCCCUGGGGUGAAGGCGUAG